AUGAGAAAAAUUUCUAAGCAUGAUCCAAAGGCAUUCUGGGAUAUCCUGAAUAUAAUUGAUAAACGGAAUAAUUCACAUGAAGUUGACAUGCCGAUUGACGAUCUGUACGAAUAUUUUAAAAAUUUGAAUCUUCAAGAUGGAGAAGAUGAAGAUUUUGAAGUUCCAGAAUUGAAUGCGGGAAAUCACUCGAAGUGGAAUCCACCAAAAUCUUCUCUAGACAAAGGAGUGGGUGGUUUGACCCUUGAUGACGUCAGUGAUGAUACCGUGGCAACAACAGCGCGGUACGUGUUCGAGGAAGGUCCCCAAACCCAACCCCUGGUUCCUCCCAUCUAUCACUCAUCCACUUACAUACUGAAGACAGUGGACGACUUCCAAGAUAUUGUAAACAAGGGAGGAUACAUCUAUUCUCGAUGGAACAACUUUACGUCAGACAAUGUACAGAGUGUGCUCAAUAACCUCGAGAAAGGGGCGGGAACUCUUGUGUUCAACUCGGGUAUGGCUAGUAUAACAACAGCUCUAUUUGGAUUCCUUAAGUCCGGAGACCAUGUCGUGAUAAACAUACCUUGCUAUGCUGGCGUUUUUGAUAUUGCCAAAAAUAUAUUUCCAAAGUUCGAUAUCGAAGUGUCUUUUGUACAAUCGGGAUGUGACGUAAACGAGUACCGGAAACACGUCAAAUCUAACACAAGGAUAUUGUAUGGAGAGACUCCUUGUAAUCCAAGCAUGGACAUCUUGGACUUGGCUGAGUUUGGAAAACUGGGUAGAUCACUCAGCAACGUCAUUACUGUAGUAGACAGUACUUUUGCUGGUCCCUACAUCCAGCGACCGAUACAACAUGGAAUUGAUAUUUCUGUUCACAGCUGUACCAAGUACCUGGGCGGUCACAGCGAUUUGCUAGCGGGGAGUCUGACCUUUAGAACCGUACAUCUGUGGAAAGAAGCUAUUCGCUACCAGAAUACGUUUGGAAGUGGUCUAUCUCCUCACGAUGCCAGCCUACUUCUUCGAGGCAUUAAGACGCUUCCAAUACGAAUGAAACGUCACAGUUCAAACGGACAAAAAGUGGCAGAGUUCUUGGAGAAGCAUCCCAAGAUCGAGUGGGUCAUGUAUCCAGGUCUACCGUCACAUCCCCAGCAUGCCGUGGCCAAGAAACAAAUGAAGCUGUUCGGAGGGAUGAUGUCAUUUGAGGUCAAAGGUGGACUAGAGGGUGGCAAAACCUUAGUGGAGGGGCUUAACGUCAUACGCCUGGCCGUAUCACUUGGUGGCGUGGAGAGUCUCAUAGAACACCCGGGUACUAUGACACAUGGCUCAUUGGCACUGAGUGACGAAGACAGGCGAAAGAGUGGUAUAUCUGCUGGAAUGGUAAGAUUAAGCAUUGGUUUGGAGGACCCCAAAGACUUGAUACAAGACCUAUGUCAGGCUUUAGGCAAUGUUGCAUGCUAA